AUGGAGCAAAUAAAUGGUAGUAAUAAUGGUACUUCUACUGCUAUAGUAGAUAGAAUGUCAGAGACCGAACAUUGGAAUAAUGACGUUAAUGAUUUCACUCCUCCCUCAUCUGAUACUGCUUUUGAUCCAAUUCAACAACAAGAAAUCGAAGAGUUUCAAAGACUACUUGAAAGAGAACUAAGAUCUAUGGAAGAUGACAAAUCACUUAAAGGUAAGAAUUGGAAUUGUGUCUUUAAGACUUUGAUAUUCAUUGGAUAUUGCAUAUCUACAAUAAUAUUUUCACUCCAUCUUUGGGUUCAAUAUUUUUUCAUAAAGUAUACCUAUGAUGACCAGACAGCUGUUAAUAUGUUAAACUAUGUUACUGCUGCACAAGAGAAGGCUAUUGAUGAAUAUAGUAAAAGAAAGGGUGGAGAUAAAGAGUCACAGGAUUAG